AUGUCGGGAGAGGACGAGUUUUACCUGUUUCAGAAUAUCUCCUCGGUGGGGCCCUGGGAUGGGCCUCAAUACCACAUUGCUCCCGCAUGGGCCUUCCACCUCCAGGCAGCCUUCAUGGGAUUUGUCUUCUUUGUAGGGACUCCACUCAAUGCCACAGUGCUGGUGGCCACCCUGAUUUACAAAAAGCUGCGGCAGCCCCUCAACUACAUUCUGGUCAAUGUAUCUCUCGGGGGCUUCCUCUUCUGCAUCUUCUCUGUCUUCACAGUCUUCAUCGCCAGCUGUCACGGAUACUUCCUCUUUGGUCGCCACGUUUGUGCUCUGGAGGCCUUCUUGGGCUCUGUAGCAGGUCUAGUGACAGGAUGGUCAUUGGCUUUCCUGGCUUUUGAGCGCUACAUUGUCAUCUGUAAACCCUUUGGCAACAUUCGCUUCAACUCCAAGCAUGCCCUGAUGGUGGUCCUGAGUACCUGGACCAUCGGUAUCGGGGUGUCCAUCCCACCCUUCUUUGGCUGGAGCAGGUUCAUCCCUGAGGGCCUGCAGUGCUCCUGCGGCCCGGACUGGUACACCGUGGGCACCAAGUAUCAAAGCGAGUACUACACCUGGUUCCUCUUCAUCUUCUGCUUCAUCAUCCCUCUUUCCCUCAUCUGCUUCUCCUACUCCCAAUUGCUGAGGACUCUCAGAGCUGUGGCGGCUCAGCAGCAGGAGUCAGCGACGACGCAAAAGGCCGAACGGGAGGUGAGCCAUAUGGUGGUGGUGAUGGUGGGAUCCUUCUGUCUCUGCUACGUGCCCUACGCCGCCCUGGCCAUGUACAUGGUCAACAAUCGGAACCACGGGCUGGACUUACGGCUUGUCACCAUCCCUGCCUUCUUCUCCAAGAGCUCAUGUGUCUACAACCCCAUCAUCUACUGCUUCAUGAAUAAGCAGUUCCGGGCUUGCAUCCUGGAGAUGGUGUGCAGGAAGCCCAUGGUAGACGAAUCUGACCUGUCUGGCUCUCAGAAAACAGAAGUUUCUACUGCUUCUUCUAGCAAAGUCGGCCCUCACUGA